AUGACCAAUUCAGCGACGGAGGCACCUAGCCUCUACCUAUACCACCCUAGCCAUGUCCUUCCCGCCAUCUUUGCUGCACUGGUCGGGAUCUCAUUGGUAAUUCACAUCUUCCAGAAUUUCCGCUAUCGAUUUUGGCGAGUAACCUUCUUCCUCUGCUGGGGAGGCGCCCUCUUCACUACAGGCUGGAUCCUCCGCUGCAUCUCGAGCUAUUACCCCGCCAACCUCAAUCUGUACAUCGCCCAAUCCGUCUUCAUCUACUUAGCUCCUCCAGUCUACUCCGCCGCCGCAUACAACCUAGUUGGCCGAUUGAUGAACUAUCUACCAAUGCACGCCGUUCUCAACCCCAACCGGGUUCUCAUCUUCUUCGUCUAUGUCGGCGCCGCAGUAGAAAGCAUCACCGUCGCAGGUGCGGCCAAAAAUGCGGCCGCUGGAACCAAUCUCAACGAAUAUAAGAGCGGAGGUGUCCUCAUCGCUGCAGGCCUCGUUCUGCAGGCGGUGGUAGAAUGUCUAGUUGUUGCGAUCGUCGCAACGGUACACCGCCGUGCCUCACGCACACGUAUGGCUCCUCGCAAUGUGAAAACCCUCUGCUAUACACUGUACGGAACGUCGACCUUCGUUCUAUUACGCUGUAUCUUCCGUGCUGUCGAGGCGUUCGAGAUGUUUGGGAACCUUGGAUGCACGGAGAACUGCGGUCCUAUUCUCAGCAACGAAUGGUACCUGUAUGCCUUCGAGCUGGGUCUCAUGUUGAUCUUCACAUUCUGGCUGAACCUGCUUCAUCCCGGUCGUUUCUUGCCUAAGGAUAAAACCCGGUAUCUCGAUCUGGACGGUCACACCGAGCGAUUUGGACCGGGCUGGUUGGACCGCAGGAGUCAGUGGGAAACUUUUGUGGAUCCCUUGGAUAUUAGUGGUGUACUCAAGGGUCAGGCUUCUCAUGAGAAGUACUGGCUUCGGUCUCAGGCGUGGCCCAUUUGUAAGGAUGGUAGUUUUGCUGAGGGGACUGCUUCGAAUCGCAAGUUGGCGGUCCCGGCGAAUCAGGAUGUUCUUUUGGCUGAAACUGAUGAGGUAUAG